AUGGCGCGCACCAAACAGACCGCAAGAAAGUCCACCGGUGGGAAGGCCCCCCGCAAGCAGCUGGCUUCCAAGGCUGCACGCAAGUCUGCUCCCAUGAGCGGCGGCAUCAAGAAGCCUCACCGAUACCGCCCGGGAACCGUCGCCCUCCGUGAAAUCCGCAGAUACCAGAAGUCCACCGACCUUCUCAUCCGCAAGCUCCCCUUCCAGAGACUUGUGCGUGAGAUUGCUCAGGACUUCAAGACUGACCUGCGUUUCCAGUCGUCGGCUGUCCUUGCUCUCCAGGAAGCCGCUGAGGCCUACCUUGUCGGGCUCUUUGAGGACACCAACUUGUGCGCUAUCCACGCCAAGCGUGUCACCAUCAUGCCCAAGGACAUCCAGCUCGCUCGCCGCAUCCGUGGCGAACGGUCUUAA